AUUUUAUCUAGUCGAAGCUUGUCAUAGCGAUCUUAAAGUUUGUAGUAUAAACUUCAUAGUUUAUAAAAAAAAGUGGAUAAAAAAGAGAAUAUAAUAAUUAUAAUUUCAACAAUAACGUAAAAAUGAUGAUGGAUUAUUUUGUAACCAAUAAUUCUUUAGCUCCUGCACCUAUGGGAAUACAAAGUACAGCAGGUGCUGUACCAGUUAAAAAUGAUAAAGGAGAACUUUCUAUGAAAAAAGUAAAAGUUCACCGGUAUGUAUCCGGUAAGCGUCCUGACUAUGCUCCUGUCGCUAGUUCAGAAGAAGAAUCAGAAGAUGAAGAUUUUCUAGAAAAACGUGUUCACAAAAAUUAUGACGAUAAUGAAACCAUUACUGAUAUUCCACAUACUGCUCAAGUAGUCAAAAUAAGAGACGAAGAUGAUCCACGUUUAAGGAGAUUAACGCGAUUAGAGAGACAAAGAGAUUCAGUUGUAGAAUCUCAUAUUGAAAGACAAAGACAUAUCCAUGAACCAGAAAUUAUUGAGGUUGAAUCAGAAACAUCACGUAAAAGAAUUAAAUUAGAAAGUUCAGAUUCUUCAGAAGAUGAAGAAUUAUCAGACUCUGAGAUAGAACGAAGACGCGAAGCCUUGAAACAACGAGUAUUAUCAAAAAAAGAGAUAGAAGAAGAAUUAUUACACGGAGAAGAAGAAAGAUCUGGUGACAGUACCGAAGAAAGCUCUGAAUAUGAGGAAUACACAGAUUCCGAAGAAGAAACUGGACCAAGACUUAAGCCAGUUUUUGUUAGAAAAAAGGAUAGAAUUACUGUUAUGGAAAAAGAAAAGGAAGCUUUGAAACAAAAACAAGCAGAAAUAGAAGCUAAAAAACUAGCUGAGGAAAGAAAAAGACAAACUUUCCGUAUGGUAGAAGAAGCUAUUAGAAAAGAGACACAAGUAAACAAAACUAAUAACGAGCAAGAGGGAAAGCUUGAGGAUGUUUGUACGGACGAUGAAAACGAUGAAGUCGAAUAUGAAGCUUGGAAAUUAAGAGAAUUAAAAAGAAUUAAACGAGAUAGAGAAGAAAGGGAACAAAUUGAAAAGGAAAGAUUAGAAAUUGAACGAAUACGUAAUAUGACGGAGGAAGAGCGUAGACAAGAAGCUCGAUUAAAUCCAAAAGUAAUAACUAACAAAGCUGCUAAAGGAAAAUAUAAAUUUUUACAAAAAUAUUAUCAUCGUGGUGCUUUCUACUUGGAUAAAGAUGAUAAUAUAUUUAAAAGAGACUUUUCCGGUGCUACUUUGGAAGAUCACUUUGAUAAAACAAUAUUACCAAAAGUAAUGCAAGUUAAAAAUUUUGGUCGUAGUGGUAGAACUAAAUAUACUCAUUUAGUAGAUCAAGAUACUACACAAUUUGAUUCACCUUGGAUAUCAGAAACUGCUCAAAAUCUCAAGUUUCAUAAUAAUCAAGCUGCUGGAAUGAAACAAGUUUUUGAUCGACCGUCUCUGAAAAAAAGAAAAGAUGAAAAUUAAAUUGAAUGUAAAUAUAUACCUAAGCAUUUAUAUAAUUUUGUAUAAUUUUAUUUUGCUAAGAGUGUAUAAUUGUAUAUAAGAAUUUUAUACAUAAAAAUUGUUUUGUGUCUUCUGUCUUCUCCUAAAGUAGGACACACAUAUUAAAAUAUACUCUGUAUAUUAUAUUAAAUAAUGUAUAUAAAUAUAUUUAUUAUUUAAAUA